AUGCCUCAGAAUGAAUACAUGGAACGCUUCACCAAGCAGCAUGGUCGCCGCUUGGAUCAUGAAGAGCGCACUCGAAAGCGUGCCGCCCGUGAGGCCCACCACGCCUCCGACAAAGCGCAAAACCUGACGGGUCUGCGUGCGAAAUUGUACCAGCAGAAGCGCCACAAGGAGAAGAUCCAGAUGAAGAAGGCCAUCAAACAGCAGGAGGAGAAGAAUGUCAAAUCUUCGGAGCCCGCCCAACCAUCCACCACACCGCUUCCUGGAUACCUGCUGGACCGUAGCAACACCACAAACGCAAAGGCGCUCAGUUCGGCUAUCAAGAACAAGCGUGCUGAGAAAGCUGCCAAGUUCAGCGUGCCAUUGCCAAAAGUACGAGGAAUCAGCGAGUCUGAGAUGUUCAAGGUUGUCAAGACUGGAAAGAAGACGGCCAAGAAGAGCUGGAAGCGAAUGAUCACAAAGCCCACAUUUGUCGGACCCGAUUUCACAAGACGGCCUGUCAAGUACGAGCGUUUCAUCCGGCCCAUGGGUCUGCGCUACAAGAAGGCCAACGUCACACAUCCCGAACUUGGCGUGACUGUGCAAUUGCCUAUUAUCAGCGUCAAGAAGAACCCACAGAACCCAAUGUACACACAGCUUGGUGUUUUGACCAAGGGAACCAUCAUCGAGGUCAAUGUCAGCGAGUUGGGUCUUGUCACAGCUGGUGGCAAAGUCGUAUGGGGUCGCUGGGCUCAAGUCACAAAUUCGCCCGAGAAUGACGGUUGUCUCAAUGCGGUCCUCCUUGUUUGA